UAUCAGGUGGAGCCUUUACCAACUGCGUUGACUGUAGCUCUUGAUUCAAGUCGCCGUGGUCGCUCAACUACGCUCGGAAGAUUCAAAGUUAUCGCGAUUCUCAUUCGCGAACAAUCCUUAGCCUGCGAAUUGUAACAUUCACGGCUCCGUUCAUGAUGCUUUUCUGGCGACUCGGUAAUCCAAAUCAAAUGACUUGAAGUUUACUUGGAUACAGGUCUGCGUCGGCAGAGGGACACAAUAAUCUCGCGGAAACGCCAGCAAGUCCAUAAGUGCAUGAAAACCAAAAGACUGUCGAGCUUCCGUGAUUUACUCUCUAUCUGCUUCCAUGUCUUUUCCACCUCUCUGGAGAUCCCAACUGAAUGCUUUGUACUCCAAUCCUGAGUCAAUGACCACUUCUUCCAAGUUGACUUCGAUGUCUUCGCCAGUUUCAGAACCUCUAAACAUCCCCACCGACAUCUUCUAUGAAAUACUUCUCCAAUCCGACGACCAGGAUACCGCUUUCUUUUGGCUCGACUGUCGUCGAGUCUCGCACAGCUUCCACAGUGCAGUCGAGCACGUCUUUGCAGUAAAGUACCUAAAUCAAACAUUCAUCCAUGCACAUUAUACUAGGGGGGAACAAACUGGAACUAGCUAUACAAAAUUCGAGUUCUCUCAUAUUGACCCCACAGAUUCGUCCCGCGUGAUAUACAAACACAGCAAACUCGAUGAACGCUACCGAGAGGAUACCUGCUAUUGUUUGAAUACAGUGCUCGAAGCUAGCAUUUCUCAGCUCGAAUGGCCAAAGAUCCUCAUUGAAGUCCAACAUCAUCUCAACGACACGAUGUUACCAGACCUCCGGUACAGCUUCGACCCUCAAUCGAGCCUAUUUGAGAUCAGUUUUAAUUGGAAAGGAAUGUUUAGCCAUUUUUUCCGAGAAGAGAGAGAGGUGGCGAGGAAGAUCAAUAUCGUAAAUUCCCUUGUCCAGGCUGAGCAGGGAGAUAAAUUGAAGUCCUCGGAAAUGUGGGUAUUGUUUUGGUCAAACAAGAUGACUGUCCGUAGAGCGAUCCGUGAGGAGAGGAUUAAGCGAUUCAUGACAGAGAGGAAAGUGAUGGGUAGUACUGAUCCUGGAAUCGACGGUGACGAAAGAUAGAAUACGCCUUACAAGCGC